AGCUGCUAAUGAAUAGUGAUGGCAUCUAAUUAAAUUGGAUGUGGUAAUAUUGAUUUAAGUGUGAACGUGGGAGUAGAAAAUUCCAUUGAAUGUGUGCAAUACGAAGAAUAAACACACCCGAAUAAACGUUCAGUAGUGUAGUGGAGGAAUGUGUUAUAAUCAGAAGAGUGAAAAAUAAUAUAAUGGCGUUUAAAUUUUAUUAUAAAUAUUUAUCUGUUUGCCUAAUUGGACUUUCAGUAAUUUUCUUGAUAGUAAAACAAACAGGUUAUGUUGACAGCAAAAAGGAAGUAGCAUUGGCACCGGAAGCAGACAUACACAACCAACCUUUCUUUAGAAAUAAUGCAUAUAUACGAUUCACGUCACAUCGAAGUACUAUUUCUACAACUGCUACAUUUGAGGAAGCUGAACAGCAACGCCGCCUCAACAGAAUUGAUGAGGUUUGCAAAAGAAUGUCACAUGGUAACACAGAGAAUAUUUUGAUUCAUAAACCCAAGAAGAUGAGCUAUUGCGUUGUACCAAAGAACGGAUGCACAUAUUGGAUACGUGUUAUGCGAUAUUUAAACAACGACACCGGAUCCAAAGUGGUACACAGUCCUUUCGAAAUUACGAGGUUCGAAGCUCAUGGCCUUCCUUAUAACCAGACUAUGUAUCGGUUACAAAAUAAAAAACACCGCGAAAUCAUCUUUAACACUACAAGGUUUAUGGUCAGUAGAAAUCCAUACUCGAGACUUCUUUCGGGCUACAUGGAUAAGCUGUUUUUACCCAUGUUUUGGGGAUUUCAGGGAACAAAAAUGAUCAAGGCAGUCCGCACUAAUCCAUCAGACGUUAGUUUGAAGUGUGGACAUGACUUGAGUUUCCAAGAAUUUCUUGAAUAUUUGAUAAUAGCAAAAGCCAAUCCAACGACAAUAGACGGCCAUUUUAGACCGAAACAAUUUUACUGUAGCCCAUGUUUAUUCAGACCUCAUAUAUUGGCUAAACAGGAAACUUUUAAAAAAGAUUCAGAAUAUAUACUUCAGAAAUUUGAUCUUGCUUAUUUGAUUAAAAACUAUGAUCAUAAAUCCCACGUCAACGACGAACUGAAGAGUCUUUUGAAUGACCAUACACAUUGGCUUAAUUCAGAAGUAGUAAAAGAAUGCAUAGGACAUGAACAAUAUCUUUUGAGAGUGUGGAAAACCUUUCAAAUUAAUGGUUAUCUCCCUUUAGGCUCAGAAAUUGCAUUGAAGAACAAAGAUGUAUCUAGAAAGGAAUUUAAAAGGCUAGUCAUUUCGUCCCUUCACCAUGGAGACGACAGUGAACAGAAAAUGAAGAAACAAAGACACGAGAUGAUGGUAGAAAUGUAUCGUAGCGUCUCACAACAAACACUAAAUGGAAUUAUUGACAUGUAUCAGUUUGACUUUGAGUUAUUUGGCUAUGAAAAGCGACCUAAUGAUAUUUUUACGUAAUAAUAUAUUUAAGCAACAGGUCGGUUGCAUUUUGUAAAAGAACUUUUAAAAUAAUAAAAAAAAAACGAUAAUGACGAAUGCCCUUUGAAUAAGAAUUAUGAGUAUGACACUUGCAUGAAAUGGCUUGAACCAAAACAAUAGUGAAAUGCUUUACAUGAAAGAGGGGUGGGGUGGCUGAAUGGUUAACGAGUGCGCAUUGCCGUUUGUACGUGACAAGGAUUAGGGUCGCCCGUUCAACCUCGUGGGUUAUCUUCGGGUCCUCGGGUUUUUUCUCCCACUGCUAAAUGAAGACCCCUACGCGCUUGUGAAUUAAUGAAGUUAAAUAAUUGAACCAUAUGUUAGUCCCAAAAUGACCUAGUUUGUGUUAAGUGGGCGUUAAGAUGACGUAUGCAUGUCUUUGGAAAUUUUGCCAUGCCUACUCUCCGAAGAUUAUUUUGUGUACCGCGAACGUAUAGAAGAUGGGACCUCGCGGUCAACACGGGGAUUGAGCCCGAAACAGCCUGGUUAGUCAUAGUUACAAGAAUUGAAUGAAUGAAUGAUAACACCCUACUUUUCUGCACUAACCAGGGUAAUACAAACGGCCUUAAGCCAUCCAGGUUGCUAUGAGCGAUAUGUUACCAGGACAGUAAUUCUUCGUCGAUUUCUAACUGUUAAGGGUACUUUUAGACAAGAAUAACAGCGAUACUAUCUAAUUACGUGAAAUGAUUCAAACAAUAUUUUG